AUGGAGUUAGAAAAAGGGGAAAAAAACUGGGAGACCAUCAGUGCCAAAAUUAGAAAAAGUGCAAAGAAAGCGCUUGGGGAAAGUUCCGGGAAUAAGAAAGAAGGUAAGGAGAUCUGGUGGUGGAACGAAGAGGUACAGUUGGUAGUGAAGAGAAAGAAGGAAUGUAAGAAGAAUAGGGACCACAACAGAACGGAAGAGACCAUCAAAGCGUUCAAAGAAGUUAAUAAGACCGCUAAGCUUGCAGUUGCUAAAGUGAAGGCCACAGCAUAUGAAGAACUGUACAACAGUCUAGAAAUGGAUGUGUAUCAAGCAAAGACGAUAAAGGAUGCCAAUGAAAAUAUCCUAAGCAAUGACAGACAGAUAAAGAAUCGAUGGAAAGAAUACUUCCAGCACCUGAUGAAUGUUGAAAAUGAACGUGAACAUAGAAGUAUCCAACCAUUAGCAGGGGAACCCAUGGAAAGAAUUACUGAAACCGAAGUGAAAGUUGCUUUGAGAAAGAUGAAGAAUGGGAAGAGUGUUGGCCCUGACAACAUACCAGCAGAAGUUCGGAAACACCUAGGAAAUACAGGAGUGGAAUUACAGACGAAAUAG